UCUAACUUUCUAUCUCUCACCUCUCUCUCUCUCUCUCUCUCUCUCUCUCUCAAAUCAGUCAUGGCGAACCGUACGGAAUACGACCCGACCUUGACAGACGACGAAGACGAAGUUGAGGAGCUCCAAGACUGGGACGAUUGGAACGCCGAAGAAGAAGAAGAAGAAGAGAGCUCCGACUUGGACUCAGACUUUCUCUGCUUCUUCUGCCACUCCAGGUUCAGUUCCUGCGACGAACUGUUCGACCACUGCAGCGCCACUCACCAUUUCGAUUUUCCCGCCAUUCGGAAAGCCCUGGGCUUAAGCUUCUACAGCUCCUUCAAGCUUAUUAACUACCUUCGCUCUCAGGUUGCGGAAAACAGAUGUUGGAGUUGCGGGCUAAGCUGUCAGUCCAACAAAGAUUUACAAAAUCAUUUACAUGAAACAGUCAAUUUGAAAGACAUUAAACCUAUGUGGAAUAGCGAUGAGUAUCUCAAGCCUUUUUUGCAAGAUGAUUCAGUCUUGUUUAGUUUCGGUGAAGAUGAAGAAGGCGACGAUGACUAUGCUGUAGCGGUUGACAAGGACGAACUUAUGAGUGAUUUGCGGCAUUUUGAAGAGAUUUGCAUUGAUCAUCAGAUUCAUGUGGAAAAGAUUGCUGGUGAGUCUGACAACUCUUGUGAGAGUGGGAGAAGGGAUGUUGAUUCACCAUCGAAUGGCUACUUGAACACAGCUAGCUCAUCUGGAAAGGUGACUGCCAACGGUGUGAAUUCAGGAGAGCAUGUUGGGUCAGCUGAUAGAAUGACAAAAGGGAAGAGUAUAAAAGCAUAUAUUCCAAAUCAUGGUUCAAAGGAUAUGAAGAAUAUCAAUGACGAUUACUUUGCCUCUUACAGCUCAUAUGGCAUUCACAGAGAAAUGCUCAGUGAUAAGGUAAGAAUGGAUGCUUAUGGACAAGCUAUUUUAAAGAAUCCCUCUCUCUUGAAGAGUGCGAUAGUGAUGGAUGUAGGUUGUGGCACAGGCAUACUUAGUCUCUUUGCAGCGCAAGCAGGGGCAUCAAGGGUAAUUGCAGUUGAAGCAAGUAAAAAGAUGGCUUCAGUGGCAACUCGGAUAGCAAAAGAUAAUGGUCUUUUGUGGAAGAGUCCAGUUGGCAGUACUACCGAUGGCACUGGGGUAAUAGAAGUGGUUCAAGGUAUGGUUGAGGAGCUUGAUAAAUCCAUGGUGAUUCAACCUCAUAGUGUUGAUGUAUUACUGAGUGAAUGGAUGGGGUAUUGCCUACUUUACGAGGCAAUGCUCAGUUCAGUGCUCUUUGCACGGGAUAAGUGGUUGAAGCCUGGAGGCGCCAUCCUCCCUGACACAGCAACCAUUUUUGUUGCUGGAUUUGGAAAAGGUGCUACGAGUCUUCCAUUUUGGGAAAAUGUGUAUGGUUUCAACAUGUCUUGUGUUGGGAAGGAGCUCGUUGAUGGUGCUGCUAAAGUCCCUAUAGUUGAUGUCGUGGAAGAUCAUGGUUUGGUGACCAGUGCUGCUAUUCUCCAGACCUUUGACUUGGUUACUAUGAAGCCAGAUGAAGUCGAUUUUACUGCAAGUGUUGUGUUGGAACCAAACUGUGAUGGUGCAACAAGUGGCUCAAAUGACUUGAAAUCUGAAACUACUUGGUGUUACGGAAUUGUCUUGUGGUUUGAGACUGGUUUUACCAGCAGGUUCUGCAAGGAAAAGCCAGCUGUUUUGUCCACGUCCCCAUAUACUCCUCAGACACACUGGAUGCAAACAAUUUUGACAUUCCAGGAACCAAUUGCUGUGACAUCAGGAAAAUCUUGGGUGGACAGAUCAGCAGCAGUUGGCACUGAAGUAUGUCCUGCUGCGAGUAUUCAGUUGCGUAUAAGUAUUGCCCGUGCUUCUCAACAUCGUAACAUUGACAUUUCCCUAGAAACUACUGGAAUUGAUCCUCAUGGUCGAAAACACAGCUGGCCUUUGCAACUCUUUAAUCUAUCUUAGUCUAAUGAUAAAGAUCCAGAAUCCUGGUGGUCGGUGCUUCUUAGCAUUUGAAUAUCCCUCUAUAUACUGCUGGAGCUUUGAUCUUUAUGGUCGGAAACACAGCUGACCUGUGCAACUUUAUAAUCUACAUUAGUUGCUCAAAAUCCAAGCUCACGCUCUGGAAAUCUUCCCUUUUUGGCUGCUGGUGUGGAUUGGGUUUGCCUCUGUAGUUCCAUUUUGAUUUUUCACCUGUUGAUUUUCAAUUGUAUGUUGCCGUUUGCCUAUUUUGUUCAAAACUGGAGUUGAUAUAUGACAAACUUUUUGGAAGCAGCUCCUACAGCCGGAAAUUUAUCACCA